CUGCCGACAGCCGACUGUCCAGUGUCCAUCUGUAUUUGAGUUUUGACAUUAACAUGAGUACAUAUUUUCCUUAUAAACACGGGAAAUGAUAUAAAUUAAUAUAACCUGAUAACCUCAUUAAAUUUAUUGUAGAUGAUUGUUACAUGAAUAUGUAUAGCAAUAAAAUAUAAUGGAUCAAAUAAAUAUACUAACUAAAAACCUGAAAGAACUAAGUAAAAGGAAGUCUGUAAAGUAUGGGCUGCCUUUUAUAUUAUUUGUAGUAGGUGGAUCAUUCGGCUUACGAGAAUGGACACAAGUUAGGUAUCAGUUUGCUAGAGUUAAGGGUGUUACCAAAGAAGAAGCUGAAAAAAUGGGACUUCAUAAAGCAAGAGAACCAACUUUAGAAGAUGCUUAUGAAGAAAUACAAAAGCUAGACAUUGAUAACUGGGAGAACAAGCGUGGUCCAAGACCAUGGGAAACCAGUGAUGCACAACCUGGAAAAUAAUUUUUGUUAUAUGUAAACUAAGUAGUACUUAUUUAUUAAAUAGUUGUUCAAUAUAAAA